AUGACGUCACCAUUUGUCCUUGCGUUGACCGCAGAGUUGACCGCCGACAGUAUGUGCUCCCGUUCGGCCCCCAUCUCCUCCGCCAUCUCUAUGCAAUGGGACGCCACCACGGCCGCCGCCGAUGCCACCGCCGCCGGCGUCGCCACCCCCUGUUUUCCGGCGGCCAGUGCGGCCACGGCGGCCGCCACGCCGGCCACAGAGACGGCGGCGUGGAGGUGGGCGUUGUGGGCCCGUAUCUCCUGUUUCUUCCUUUCCCGCUGGUCCUUCAUCCAACGGCCCGCGCUCUUUCGCUUCAUGAUGCUCCUGGCCUUGGACAGCUCCACAGCCGAGACGCUCCAUGAUCGGGCCAAGAACUCCAUGGACUCAGUUGGUGUCUCGGGCUGUGGGCCCACAACGGGCCCCCACUCUGCUACAUUUUCUUCGUCUAUGUUUUCCAGCCCAUUGGGCCUACAUUUGGGCUCAGCACCUCUCCUCUCUACAGACACUACAUCAAACAAGAAAGAAAGGGUCGAGUGUGAGUUAAGGUUGAGAAAAUCACCAGGACUAAAAAAUUAUUAA